AUGCUGGCAAAAAUCCCAGCGUUUCUUGAUGGGAACUCGCUUGUUCAUUUCAAUGAUAAUUUGGAUCGUCUUUUGGUUGGUAAUAGUGAAGGGUUAAUCAAAGUCUUCAACCUAGAGGAACCUGAGUCGGAACCCACAUCUAUUGACAUUCCAGAAAACUUGACAUCCUUGACCAGUCAUGGCAAGCGCAUUAUCUUGACAAACACAGAAGGACAUUUGGCGAUUUUGAAUAUGGAAGAUAAUAUCACCGGAGAUGAGUCUUUUGAUAUAAUUUACCGUUCCGAACUUCCUUUGCGAGAUGCAGUGUUCAUUAACGAUGGGAACAGAGUGAUUUGUGGCGGAGAUGAUGAUAAGCUAGUUGUGAUUGAUUUGAACAAUGGAAAUAAAACUUCAAUCGUUUCUGUACCAGAUCAGAUCGUCAACAUCGCGUACAAUACUAACGGAGAAAUUGCAUCUGUGGCUCUUUCAAACGGUGACGUUCUCAUGUACUCUGUUAUCAACGAGUCCCCCGCACUUAUAGAAAAGAUUACGGGUGCAAUAAUUUCCAAAGUGAACACAUCAAUAGAUGUGGUUGACUUCAAAGGUGAACAUGCACAGGAAAUUGCUUCCACAAAACCGGUGUGGUCUGCAGACGGCGAGGUUUUGUUUUUACCAACGGCUUCCAGCACAAUAAAGGCUUACAAUAGGGUAGAUUGGAACCCAACCGUGGAGUUCCGCCCUCAAGCAGAAUACUUGGUUGCACUUGGGUAUUCUCCGAACAAGAAGUUCCUUGCGCUGCUCCACAAGAAUGGACAAAUUAAUUUAUUUGACAUUCGCACGGGCAAAUUCUUGAAAAAGGCUUCCCUAGAUCGACUUGAGUCAGGCAAUCUCCCAAUCAAUUUUGCUUGGUUGAAGAAUUCCAUCUACGUCGGCUCAACGAAUGGUGAACUCCAUUCAAUUCUGAUUGAUUUAGAUGACUCCCCUGACGAACGUGCCAUAAGCGCUGAAGUUGAGAGUCUUUUUAUGGAUGAGGCAAGCGAACUGGAAACUGAGGAACGUCUGUCAAAGGGUAAUCCACAGGCUAUUAGAAACGGCAUCGAUGAUUCCAUGAUUAUUGAUGAAAAUGAUGACAUGGACAGUGAAAAUGGUACAUCCAUUUAUAAUACCGCUGUCGAUGAAUAUCUUCAUACUAGGAAGAAACGUCAAAGAGUUCGUCCAGAGGAUCAAUUCGAUAUUCCAUCGUUCACCGCUAACUCAGAUAUUAUUCCAUACUCACCAGGAUCGACGCCUUGGAUAAAACCCUUGAACUCCUCGUCGAGCUCAGGGAUGAGAAGGUACCUUUUCAUGAACAGUAUUGGUUAUUCUUGGUCUGUUAAAAAUUCUUCGGACUCCGCAAAUGAGCAAAAAAGCAUUACAAUCUCAUUUUUCGACAGAACUACAAACAAAGAUUAUCACUUUAUUGAUAGUCACAAAUACGACCUAUGCUCCAUGAAUGAAAGAGGAGUGGUUUUAGCAUGCUCUGGAUACAAGAAUGAAAAAUCUACCCACAAGGGAAAGAUUUUUUAUAGACAUCACAGCAACACAAAUGAUUCAUGGGAUAGAAAAAUUCCCCUUUUGCCAAAUGAGUACAUCACUUCGAUUUGUCUCACAUGCACAAGUGGAGAAAAAUCAUCAGAUUCAAUAAUUGUCGUCGGUACAAACCUUGGAUACGUAAGGUUCUUUAAUCUUUACGGACUCUGUGUAAAUUUGAUGAAAUUAUCACCCAUAAUGACCUUAAUUGCUUCGGAAGUAUCCACUGUUUUCAUCGUGAGUCAAAUUUCUCCACAACACUUCACAUAUUCACUUUUAGAUGUAAGUGAUGAUUACUCAUUUUUGCAACAAGAUAGAGCCAUGCCUUUACGAGUACCUUCUGGCGGGGUGCCUAUUUUGAAAGGCAUUUUUUUCAAUGAGUAUUCCGAUCCGUGUGUGGUAGCUGGUUUUGACGAUUCCCUUACCAUAUUGUCACAUUGGAGAGAAGCAGGUAACGCAAGAUGGGUUCCAUUACUCAACUGCAAAGAUGUGGUUACGGAUUACGGUCUUAAUGAAUCGAAAGCGAAUUGGAAAACUUGGCCAUUGGGAUUAUUAGAUGACAAGUUUAUUUGCUUAGUAUUGAAAAAUUCCAACGAGUAUCCAUCUUUUCCGCUCCCAUUGCCUAUUGAACUUGAAAUCAAGCUUCCAGUUAAAUGCUUCAAGUAUUUGGAGGCUAAGGAUACGGUAGGCGAGGAGGCGAACGAAGACACAUCAGCAAAGAUCAGCAAGACCCAAGAGGAAGAUCCCGAGGAACAGUACUUGAGAAGCUCAACAUUAGGAAGAUUAUUGAACUCAUGGUUGACAAACGCAGAGAACGAUGAAGAGCAUUUGGAAAAGUUAGAUAAUUACAGCGUGACAUUUGAUAAAUCCUUGCUCAAGCUUUUUGCUAACGCGUGCCAGGAAUCUCGCCUAAACAAGGCCUUUAGCAUCGUGAGACUCAUCAAGAAUGAUAAAGCCUUGCUCGCUGCUUCUAAAAUUGCCGAAAGGUUUGAGUAUCUUAAUCUUUCGUCUAAGAUUAGUAAGCUUCGAGAAGAUUUGAUGGAGUUCGAUAAUGACCAGGAUCAAUGA